AUGAGCGGUUACUGUGUCGGAAGUACCUACGACAGAUCAAUUACAGUUGAUGGAGAAGAAGCAUCUCUCGUGGUGUUUGAUAUAUGGGAGCAGGAUGACAGCCAAUGGCUUCAGAACCACUGUAUGAAAAUGGGAGAUGCCUAUAUUAUCGUAUAUUCAGUGACAGACAAAGUUAGUUUUGAAAAGGCCUCUGAGCUAAGAAUCCAGCUAAGAAGAGCAAGGCAAACAGAAGACAUUCCUAUUAUUCUUGUGGGCAAUAAAAGCGACCUGGUCAGGUCCCGGGAAGUCUCAGUUGAUGAGGGACGGGCCUGUGCCGUUGUGUUUGACUGCAAAUUCAUCGAGACCUCAGCUGCUCUUCAUCAUAAUGUCAAGGACCUGUUUGAAGGUAUCGUUCGGCAAAUUAGACUUCGCAAAGACAGUAAAGAAGACAAUGCUAGGAGAAUGGCCAACACAAAAAGAAGAGAAAGCAUAGGCAAAAAGGCGAAGCGAUUCCUUGGGAGAAUUGUGGCAAAGAACAAUAAGAAGAUGGCUUUCAAAGCAAAAUCAAAGUCUUGCCAUGACUUAUCUGUGCUGUAGAAGCUUUCAGCAAGGCCAGAUGUUGCACGUGGGUGAUGAACAAGCAUUUGACUGUUAUGAGAAGUGUAUAGAUGAUCCUCAUGGUGAUAACAAGAAUGACUUAUCAAUUGAGACUCUCAUUAAUGCCUUAAGGUGCGCAAGCAAGUCCGGAAGUUACACUACAAUGUCUGCUUCAUUGAUAAAUGGUUUAAGUUUCAAUGUGUGCAAGUAAAUGAAUUAACUUUAAAUAAGUGGCUUGACAUGCCGACAUUUUCACUGUGUACAUAUGUUAUAUAUCCUCUUGUCCUGUGGAUACCAGAGAUGCAAAGAUAAGAAAGGAUGAUGAUAAGUAUCACCAUAGACUUGUCUCGUUUGCAGAGCAAAACUUAAACUUGUACGCAGGCUCGUACACUCUUUUUAGUAUAAAGGAAGCAAUGAUAAAUCUUUUUAAACUUAAAUGUGGGGAGAGGGGAGUAGAACCACAUUAGAAUGGGAGAAAACAAAUUAUAUAUAUAUAGUUAAAUACAGAACAGAUAUAAUUUUACGAAGUUAAUUUGCACUUCCAUUAACCGUUAUUCAAUUAAUUUGUUACUUGUUUACAUGCAGAUUUUAUAAUAAAGUAUUAUUUCCUGUUAUAAUAAA